AUGCUAAUGCUGAUGAUUGCUGACGGGCGUACACUCCGUGGGCUCAAGACAGGUUCCGACUUAGAGUACGAUGACAAUCAAAAAGUCGGCGUCGUUGCGACUGAUACACAUCAAAGCACUUCAGUUGUGGCAUGGAACCCUCGAAGAGGCACUAAACAGAGCGACGAAAAGUCCGUGUCCUUUGAUAACUUAAUGAACACGAAUAUGAUGCCGUGUCCAAAAAACCAUUCGGGAAUGGUGAUGAUCAGCACGUCAAAACUUACUCCAACACAAAUUGGCGAUAGCAAUUACAAGGUCAUUGCAUCGAGGACGCAGACUGACGAUCACGAUAAACAUGGAUUAUUAGGCAGUAAGAUCAGCAACGAACAAUUGUCGAAUAACAAGCCUGGCCACACGAAGAGACUUCACGAGGAGAUGCCUGCGUCUUUUGUGCCUAUGACUCCAAGUCCGACGAACACUCCGACUGCAACAUUUUUAGAUCAAAAGUUACCACAAUCGUUUCAUGCCGUUCCGGAGAGCUCUCUGUCGUCUGAUUUUAGCGAGUUGGAAGAUGAGAGGGAAUCGAUUUCGCAUUCUGACACCACAAAAAGCGCCGAGGCGCUCGACAAUCACCAAAAAUCGUCCUCUUUCACAUCGGAAACCAGGUCGCUUGAGCAAUCGAUUGUGGAACUAAUCGUUAUUAUUAUAGGGACUAUUGCGGGCUUGUUAGCCUUUGCAUCGCGCCAGAUUCUGAAGGAAAUGGGAGAUGAUGAUGAUGCUAGUUUUUUCUAG